CGCCGCCGCCUCCUCCCGCUCCAGCUUCGCGGCCCGGCCGGGCCGGUUCCCUCCCUUCCUCCUUCUCCCCUGCAGCUCUUCGCUUGUCCACCCGCCGGCCGCACCGGGCUCUAGGGGGGCUAGAGGCUCUGUGGGGUGGGGGGAGGACAGGAGGGGAGGAGGAGGGAGGGGGGACCCCCGAGUCGCCCCCUCUCCUCCCCCCGCCCCCCCGGCUCCAUCCUCCGCCGCCGCCCGAGCAGCUGCGGGGCCGCCGCCGCCGCCUUUGCAGGCUGAGUCAUCACCAAAGUGGGAAGGGCAGCAGCAGAGAAUCCAAACCCCAAAGCUGGUAUCACAAAGUACCAUUUCUCCAAGUUGGGGGCUCACAGGGGAGCCAUCAUGAGCGAUGUUACCAUUGUGAAAGAAGGCUGGGUUCAGAAGAGGGAGUUUGAACUCGAUGCAGCAGGCAAUAGACAACUACUGGGGAGUCUUGGUGAGAAAUAUUACAUGAUGAAAUGGUUCCAUCUCCUGGAAGAAAACAUCUUUUAUAUACCAAUCUUGACUUUAUCAACUAUGGGUGACAAACAACUAUCAGGAGAAUAUAUAAAAAACUGGAGGCCAAGAUAUUUCCUUUUGAAGACAGAUGGCUCAUUCAUAGGAUAUAAAGAGAAACCUCAAGAUGUGGAUUUACCUUAUCCCCUCAACAACUUUUCAGUGGCAAAAUGUCAGUUAAUGAAAACAGAACGACCAAAGCCAAACACAUUUAUUAUCAGAUGUCUCCAGUGGACCACUGUUAUAGAGAGAACAUUUCAUGUAGAUACUCCAGAGGAAAGGGAAGAAUGGACAGAAGCUAUCCAGGCUGUAGCAGACAGACUUCAGAGACAAGAAGAGGAGAGAAUGAAUUGUAGUCCAACUUCCCAAAUUGAUAAUAUAGGGGAGGAAGAGAUGGAUGCUUCCACAACCCAUCAUAAAAGAAAGACAAUGAAUGAUUUUGACUAUUUGAAACUACUAGGUAAAGGCACUUUUGGGAAAGUCAUUUUGGUUCGAGAGAAGGCAAGUGGGAAAUAUUACGCUAUGAAGAUUCUGAAGAAAGAAGUUAUUAUUGCAAAGGAUGAAGUGGCACACACUCUAACUGAAAGCAGAGUUUUAAAGAACACUAGACAUCCCUUUUUAACCUCCUUGAAAUAUUCCUUCCAGACAAAAGACCGUUUGUGUUUUGUGAUGGAAUAUGUUAAUGGGGGAGAGCUGUUUUUCCAUUUGUCGAGAGAGCGGGUGUUCUCUGAAGACCGCACACGUUUCUAUGGUGCAGAAAUUGUCUCUGCUUUGGACUAUCUACAUUCCGGAAAGAUUGUGUACCGUGAUCUCAAGUUGGAGAAUUUGAUGCUGGAUAAAGAUGGCCAUAUAAAAAUUACAGAUUUUGGACUUUGCAAAGAAGGGAUCACAGAUGCAGCCACGAUGAAAACGUUCUGUGGUACACCAGAAUAUCUGGCACCAGAGGUGUUAGAAGAUAAUGACUAUGGCCGAGCUGUGGACUGGUGGGGCCUUGGGGUUGUCAUGUAUGAGAUGAUGUGUGGGAGGUUACCUUUCUACAACCAGGAUCAUGAGAAGCUUUUUGAGCUAAUACUUAUGGAAGAUAUUAAAUUUCCUCGAACACUCUCUUCAGAUGCAAAAUCAUUGCUUUCAGGGCUCUUGAUAAAAGAUCCAAAUAAACGCCUUGGUGGAGGACCAGACGAUGCAAAAGAAAUUAUGAGACACAGUUUCUUUUCUGGAGUAAACUGGCAAGAAGUAUAUGAUAAAAAGCUUUUACCUCCUUUUAAGCCUCAAGUAACAUCUGAAACAGAUACCAGAUAUUUUGAUGAAGAGUUUACAGCUCAGACAAUUACAAUAACACCACCUGAAAAAUAUGAUGAAGAUGGGAUGGACUGCAUGGACAACGAGAGGCGGCCGCAUUUCCCUCAAUUUUCCUACUCUGCAAGUGGACGAGAAUAAUUCUCUUUCAUUCUGCUAUUUCACUGUCAUCUUAGAUUUAUUACUGAAAAUGAUUCCUGGACAUCAACACCAGUCCCAGCUCCUACAGAUAGCAGGAGCCCCUUCAGACAGCCCCAACCGAUCAAGGGUCUUCACCCUGGCCACCUUUCACCCCCAUGAAAACACACAUAUACGCAAACACACUCGAUUUUUUCUUUUUGCAUGAAAUUGUCUCUCAGUCUAAGGUCUCAUGCUGUUGCUGCUACUGUCUUAAUAUUAUAGCAACUUUAAGAGGUAACUUUACAAUCUUUGGAAGUCAUGAGUCCACCAUUGUUCAUUUGUGCACCAAUUGUCAUCUUUUGAUUUUUAGUUUUUGUUUUUCCCUAACAGUGAAACUAAAAGAGAUACGUUGAUUCUAGGUACAUUUUUUAACUUUCUAGAAGAUAAAUCAAAAACUAAUUAGACUAAGAAGAUUUAGUUUGUAAUUCAGAACAGACAGUUGUGGAAGGGUGGUGAUGUGCAUAUGCAAAACUUUAGUAAAGCAUGUUAGUACAUACAGUAAAUAGAUACCCCUAAGAUCUGGCAGGAAUCCAUUAGGAAGCAUUUGAGAGAAGGACUGGACAACUGUGGAGAUUUUUGUUUUUUAAAUGUGGAUACUGCAGAGGAAGCCCCGUGUCGCACGUGGACAUCCAGACUUCGUGGGCCUCCUGUACAGAUGCACAUUGUUCUUCCAAGAAAUGAAGGCAUAUGCACAGCAGAGUUGAAAUCAUUUCAAGGGUUUUAUGAUAUGAUUUGCUCCAGAGAGCAUUUUUUUUUCCCCUGUGCUUGGAAACCUUUUUCCCUUUUUGAUAUUUAUCACCUCUGAUGGCUGAAGAAUGUAGACUGGUAUAAAGAUCCUGCUUUUCACCAAAAUUUGUACACCCAAGGUAAACAGGUGUUUGCCUUAUUGUUUGAAUUUUUUACUUUAGGUUUUAUGUGAAUUAGCUUUCUCUCAGAUGUUAAAACUUUGAAUGUCCUUUUAUGAUUUUGUUUAUAUUGCAGUAGUAUUUAUUUUUUAGUGAUGAGGAUUAUAUGUCAUAUUAGCAAAUGCAGCUCCAACUUACAUAAAGUAGACUUACUGCAGUUAUUUUGACCCAUGUGCAAGGAAUGUACAAGCUGAUGAGAAUCAUGCACUUUUUCUCCUAUGUAAAAAAGUUUGAUAAGGCUCUGAAAUUGUACAUAUUGGUUGGAAUUUGGCUUUGGGAGAAGAGAUGCUGCCAUUUAACCCCUUGGUGCUGAAAAUGAGAAAAUGCCCAGUUAUCCAUGCCAAGGGGUUAAUGAAACAAAUGGAUGUUGAUGUUGAGAAUGAUACAUUGCAAAGGCCUGACAACAUAAUGCAAUGAAGAAAAUUGAGUGAGAAAUGAACUUUAUUUGGCAAAAUGAACACAUCUCAAGUAUUUCCAACUAGGCAGUAAAGGUUAAGAACCUGGUGUGUUUAUCCUGAUCAUGGUACAUUUAUCACUGAGUUAAGCCAUCAGGGAAAAAAACAAAACAAAAAAAGAACACCUCCAACUUUUCUUUUUCUGUAUAUACUCAUGUUCCCAAAUUUCCAACAUUUCUCACUGAAAGGGGACAUGUAUGCAAACCUCAUCUUUCUCCUUCAUUAAUGAUGAUCUUCAGAUUAAACCCUUUGGUGCUAGGAGCUGACGUUUUCCAAAGCAGCCUAUGAAGUCCAAGGAGCUGGGACGCCAUUCUUGCAGCAAGCAGGAGGCAUUCCUGAUUCCCUGGAGUGAUCAUGGAAAUGUAUUUUAGUUGAACUAUCUGACAGCUCCCAAAAUGGAAGACUACAGCAUUACGUAGUAUUAUGAGUGCACUGUAUGAAAGAGCAAGUGACUUUUUAAGCAGGAUGAAUCAUAUUCAUAUGCAGAUGUCUUAGCCUCUUGACGCUGGGAGUGUGGAUUUAUAGAUUUGAAACCACUGCUGGCGGUGGGUGGGCCACUGGAACGGAUGGGGGUUAAAGGGCAUUUUAUUAAGGCAGCUAAGACAUAUUCAGACAUAAUUUUAUCCUGAUUUUUCAUAUUUCUACCUGAGCGAAGUUCAUCCUUAAUAUUGAGUGGGAGGUUACAGUAAGUGGUAGGUCACUCUUACCUACAAAUAUAGCUCAACUUGUUUUUCACUCGGAAUUAUGCUAAUUGUUUCACUUUGACAUGAAAGUAGACUAGAAGGUAUGUCCUGUAAGUUGUCUCCCAUCCAUUAUAUAAGAAACAGAUGAGAGGAAGAGAAAGCUGAGACUGGCUGAUUCCUUUAGAGGGAAAGUGUAACACCAUAUACAUAUACUAAGCACAUAAGCUUUUUUUUUUUUUUUUUUUUUAAUAAAGUGAUUUGCAUGACUUAGGCUAAGGACACUUCCUAAAGAUUAAUGACUGGCGCUGAUAGUGCCCCAGGCUGGCCACUCCUCACAGCUGGCUCUCAUGCCCCACCCAGCCAAUGCCUGGGGCUUGGUUACUUAUCCGCUCUGAUAUUUCGUUAGUCUCGCACAAGUUGUCCUCUUGGCUUAAAUUUUGAGAGUCUCUUACUUUCACUCCCAGAUCUCAAUUCGCUAGCAUGGAGGAGUAAUGGAAAAACAGAAAAUGUGUAUGCAGGGAGGUUUCUAAAACUUCCCUUGUUAUUUGUCCAUAGCUGUAGUUUUGGAUUCUGGCAAGUGGAAAGACCUGAAACCUGGAAUCAUUCUCUCAGCAUACACUUCAGACUUUGGGAAAUCCAGCUUGUACUAACUUUCAUUAAUUUUGCCCUCUUCUUAUAAUGCAGCCAUCUUGGAGGAAAUUGGCCAUUUCUGCUUGGAUUUUUGGCAGGGUUGCUCACAGCUUUGCUUUCUACACUAAUUACAUAGCAUUAUUCCAGUAUUGUUUUCCAUUUCCCAUACCUGAUUUCCGGCUUCUUAAAGCUGACUGUUCUUGCAGGGGCCACUUGCUUCUCCUAGAGUACAAAAGUAAGGGCCUUCCUUACUAACUGCAGGGUCUAUAUAUUACACCUCAAUGUACACACUUUGCUGCUACUGUUUGUACUGUCUACAGUAGAAUUCCCUUAUCUUGCUCCUGGUAGUGCAUUACAGGCAAGCAUGAAAUGUAAAGUAUUUAUUUAAAUAAAAAGAAAACCUCUAAAUUGGUAAUUGAAUUACCUCCCUGUAGCUUUAUAGUUUGUGACAUUUCUUGACCUUGCUAGUUCUUUCAUUAGAUCCGUGCAAGAUCUAGUCAUCUGGUUAAGGAUUUUAAGCAGACGCGACUACGAACCCAAGAAACUGUAUUACUAUUACUGUUGGUCAUAUUAAAACUGUUGAUUUCCUUAAAUAUAUGACCCUCAAGGAUGUGAAAUAACUACAAGAAACUGUUUUUGUACACUGUACAUCCUUAGUAUUUUUACACGUAUAUGAUAGGGAUGCACAUUAUUUUCCUUCGUACAGAGCUUAAAUAAAGCACUAUGUCAAUCUGCUACUUCUCUGUU